CCGCCACCGCGCCCCCGCCCAGUGUCCGCACUGCGGAGAGCUGCGGCGAGCAGGCGCCGGCGCAUUGGCCCACGUGCUGCGCGAGCUAGAGGGAAGCAGUCUGAGCGAACGCCCGCGCGGGGAGCCAGGGGCACCCGACUCCGCAGCCGCCGCCGCACACAGGCCCCGGCGCACCCUGUGGGGACCCAGACCAGGAGGGACCCUGCCUCAGAAGAAGGCUGUGGAGACCUGGGCCUUCAGCGAUCAUCCUAGGAGUUGGUCCUGAUAUGUGCCUCGCGCCCUAAUCACUCCCCCAGAUUAGUAUCCGAAGAGAUUCGGGAACAUGCCGUCGACCCUGUUGCAGGACUGGUGUCGGGGGGAGCACCUGAACACCCAGAGGUGCAUGCUCAUCCUGGGUAUCCCCGAGGACUGUGGACAGGAUGAGUUCGAGGAGACGUUCCAGGAGGCUUGCAGGCCCCUGGGCAGAUACAGGGUGAUUGGCAGGAUGUUUAGGAGGGAGGAGAACGCCCAGGCAAUUCUACUGGAGCUGGCACAAGAUAUUGACUAUGCUUUGCUCCCAAGGGAAAUACCAGGAAAGGGGGGGCCCUGGGAAGUGAUUGUAAAACCCCGUAACUCAGAUGGGGAAUUUCUCAACAGACUGAACAGCUUCUUAGAGGAGGAGAGGCGGACCGUGUCAGAUAUGAACCGAGUCCUUGGGUCGGAAACCAAUUGUUUGGCUCCGAGAGUGACUAUAUCACCAGAGUUCUGGACCUGGGCCCAGACUCUGGGGACAGCAGUGCAGCCUCUGCUAGAACAAAUGUUGUACCGAGAACUAAGAGUGUUUUCUGGGAACACCAUAUCCAUCCCAGGUGCACUGGCCUUUGAUGCCUGGCUUGAGCACACCACUGAGAUGCUACAGAUGUGGCAGGUGCCCGAGGGGGAAAAGAGGCGGAGGCUGAUCGAAUGCUUGCGCGGCCCUGCCCUCCAGGUGGUCAGUGGGCUCCGGGCCAGCAAUGCUUCCAUAACGGUGGAGGAGUGCCUGGCGGCCUUGCAGCAGGUGUUCGGACCUGUGGAGAGCCGUAAAAUUGCCCAGGCAAAGUUGUAUAAGGCCUAUCAGGAGGCAGGAGAGAAAGUAUCUAGCUUUGUGUUACGUCUGGAACCCCUGCUCCAAAGAGCUGUAGAAAACAAUGUGGUAUCUCGUAGAAAUGUGAAUCAGACUCGCCUGAAACGAGUCUUAAGUGGGGCCAUCCUUUCUGACAAGCUCCAAGACAAGCUUAAGCUGAUGAAACAGCGAAGGAAGCCUCCUAGUUUCCUGGCUCUGGUGAGGCUCCUGCGUGAGGAGGAGGAAUGGGAGGCCACUUUAGGCCCAGAUAGGGAGAGCCUGGAGGGGCUGGAAUUAGCCCCAAGGCCACCUGCCAGGAUCACUGGAGUUGGGGCAACACCUGUCCCUACCUCUGUCAACAGUUUUGAAGGGAGGCCUUCCCAGGGUUCCCGGCGCCGGAGGGGCAGAGGCCAACACCGAAGGGGUGGUGUGCAGAGGGCUGGCUCUCGAGGCUCAAGAAAACGGAGACGCCACACAUUCUGCUAUAGCUGUGGGGAAGAUGGCCACAUCAGAGCGCAGUGUGUCAACCCCUCCAACCUGCUCUUGGUAAAGCAGAAGAAACAGGCUGCAAUUGAGUCGGGAAACGGGAACUGGGCUUGGGACAAGAGCCAUCCCAAGUCCAAGGCCAAGUAGGCUCGGGAGAACAGGGCAACAUUUCCUACCGCAGUCCAAGGAGACAAGAGAGAUAUUGGAAGGAGGGGAAAGAGGAGCCCAGACAAACAACA